CCGGUUCCCCUCUUUCUCUACUCCUCUUUCUGAGAGAGAGCGCCUUUCCAUCGAGUCUGCUCUUUGUGCUUUGUAUGCUGCAGAGACAGUUUCUCGCAGAAGAUGGAUAUUUGAGCCUGUUUGGCCAUCCUUUGUUGUCACGCUCUGUCUUUAUCUGCAAAUAUGCCAAACCUUCUUUCGCCUCAACGACACAGACCUUGCUCAAAAUAGGCGGUGGCUUCUGGGUCAAUCUGGUUUGCGUACUAUUGAAAAUAAUCAUUCCACCUUUUUUUUUUUUUUUUUUUUUUUAAGUUCCUCCUUUAACACACUGCUGAUAAGCUGAAUCGUCUAGUCUUCGAAUAUCCUGUGAUUAGUCUUACCUUAAGAGCUAUAUCAACUUGGACUUCCUUUCCUGAGUGACGAGGAAGUAAGAUGGAAAUCUUUUGCCGCAAUGUCCCUGACCAGGUUCAAGAGAAGCAUUUGAAGAAAGAGUUUACGGCUAUUCUCGCGCAGUUCUCGAUUACCAGCUUCAGUUGCCGAAAGGCAGGGAAGAAAAAUGCGUUUCUCACUAUUCUUGACGUUCAGAAGGCCCAGAGGCUCAUGGAUGUUCAUGGUCAAGAUGAGCAGAAGAAGAGAAGACCGGCUAAACCGCUUAAGAUGUUUGGCCGACCCAUUUAUCUCGAGAAGGGCCGAAACGAACCGGAUGAAUAUGCCCUACGUGCAUUGCGGUUUGAGGAAGAAAAGAGACUAGCCGCCCUAACUACUAGCAACAUAGCUAAUACACCGCAAUCAUCGCUGGUUGAUGGGAAAAGCGCCACCGUACAAGUGAAACGCUUUCCUGUCACGACCAUGUCUUGCGGUUUUUGGGAUUAUCAGCGCGGUGAUCCUGUGUUCGUUGAAUUCUUCCGAUGUCCAGGUACUGGAAACAUGCUUUUCGGGAAAUCGUCACUUCGUGUCACUAUGAAGAACGUUGCCCCGUCGACAGAUUACUAUUUGGAGUUUUCAUACUUGAACGUCCAGAGCAUACAUAUCGGGACAUCCCAGCAAGCCACCAUGACAAUUUUGACCGACAUCGCGCCCCGAUAUUACAUAUCUGACCCCAUGGAAAAGGCAAAGGCACAAACGGCAAAAUUGCUCAACAGAUACGCUCAAGUUCCAACUAAGCGCAGAGUUGGCAAUUUCGGCGGUGAUCAUGCGGUAACUUCGGGGAUCUGCUUUUCGUAUCGAUUCGAAUUGUGGUACCGACAUACUUCUGCAAUUCGAAGGCUUCGUGAUGAUGACCACCUUCCUCCGAUCGGCACAUGGGCCGAUCGCCGAGUGGUUUACCGAUAUCCUUUCACUGUUUUUAAGGAACAGUUUGACCUUUUCUUGGAAGUGCAGCAAAUUCCUUUCACCCUCAAAUUUCAAAUUGCCAAAUUAGUUUGGAACGGAGAGAUGAGUCCCAUGAAGGCUUUACAGUUCUAUCCGUUCAUUAAGCGUUCACGAGAUAUCCAUGGGCUCGAGGUCGUUAUUGAAGCCCUAAAGAAAUUGACCACCAACCUGGAAUAUCCGAGCCCCGAUACGCAUGAAUCCGACGUUGAUGUGAUCGCAUUGGGAACUCUCUUAGAUCAGAUGAUUGAAAGGGUAGACUUUCAGGACUCCACCCGCUUAAAUCUUGUCCAUCCGAAUAAUGUGAAAGUCCACCGAGCUCAGGUGACACCGAGUGGGACAUAUCUUUAUGGGCCCAAUAUUGAAACAAAAAAUCGUGUUUUGCGUCAAUAUAAUGACCACAUUAAUAACUUUCUUCGUGUUGAAUUUGUGGAUGAAACGGGUGAUCCUGUCUAUUUUGAUCCCCAAGCUUCACUCCACAAUAUUUUCCACGAGCGCUUCAAAGGGGUUCUAAAACAGGGCAUUAAAAUUGGAGGUUGUCAUUUUAGUUUCCUGGGGUUUUCCCAUUCUUCUUUGCGCAGCCAGACGUGUUGGUUCGUAGCGCCCUUUACAACAAGUAGCGGUGAGCGUUUUGAUGCACAAAGCAUCAUUCAAGGCCUUGGCUCCUUCAGCCAUAUCUAUUCCCCAGCAAAGCUAGCAGCAAGGAUUGGGCAAACUUUCUCGGAGACGCAGACAUCCAUUGCAAUUCCAGAAGACGCCGUUUUUUUGAACGAGCCCGAUGUGAAGCGAAAUGGGAGAGUCUUUAGUGAUGGAGUGGGUACAUUCUCACCACGUCUUUUGUAUAAGAUUUGGAGCGAGUACGCUCUCCGAGAAAAAGUAAAGCCAACAGUUUUCCAGAUACGAUUUGCUGGAGCUAAGGGCAUGGUGUCUCUAGAUACUCGGCUUAAAGGGGAGCAGCUGAGAUUGAGAGAAUCUAUGGUGAAGUUUUCAGCAAGGCGUGCUUUCAAUAUUGAGGUUUGUGGGUCUGGAAUUCGGGCGUUGCCAUUCUACCUGAACGCUCAGAUCAUCAAAAUACUUGAAGAUCUGGGUGUACCUCCUACAGGUUUCAUAAAGCUUCAGUCCGAUGAGAUCGAACGCCUUCUUUCAGUUGGAAAGUCUGCUUCGAAGACCUCGCAAUUCUUGGAGGAGUCAAGUAUUGCGAAGGAAGUACGUGUGCCAUGGCUCAUCGAGAUUCUGCAUGGCCUUGGGUUCCAUCAUGAUCAGGAUCCAUUCCUUCGAUCGGUUGUUCAGCUAGCUAUCUUCUUCAAGAUGCGUGAUUUGAAGUAUCGAGCACGGAUUCGGGUGCCAGAGGCUGUUACUCUUUAUGGGAUCAUGGAUGAGACGGGGUACCUAAAUGAAGGAGAGAUCUUUUGUACCUUCUUGAACGAAGAGGGCGGUCGUGAGAUCCUUGUUAGAGACCAGGUUAUUGUCACUCGGGCCCCUGCUUUACACCCCGGGGACGUCCAGUAUGCAAAGGCCGUCGAUGUCCCAGAGAAUUCGCCUCUUCGCAGUUUGCAUAACUGCGUGAUUUUCAGUCAGCACGGGUUUCGCGACUUGCCCAGCAUGCUGAGCGGAGGUGAUCUAGAUGGUGAUCUCUACAAUGUUAUAUAUGACGAACGCCUAAUGCCGCCAUGCACUUAUCCUCCUGCCAAUUAUCCAAAGGUUGAAGAGAAAUUACUCGAUCGAGAGGUAGUUAGGGAUGAUAUCAUUGAUUUCUUUGUCACCUUUAUGCAGCAGGACCAGCUGGGCCGUAUAGCCACUAUUCAUCAAGCCAUUGCGGAUCAGAGGCCCGCUGGUACCUUGGAUCGAGACUGUUUGCUGCUUGCAGAAUUACAUUCAGUAGCGGUUGACUUUUCUAAGAGUGGAAUACCGGUUGAUUUGACUCGUAUUCCUAAACGGCCUCGCUAUUAUCCAGAUUUUAUGGCCCCGAGCCCUCGUAUCAAGAUUGCAGAUAGCAUUGAAGUCGUCGAGGAAGAACAAUAUCUUGCUGAAGACGAAGACGACGAUGAGGACGAGAGACCUCAAAGGCGCUACUAUAAAAGUAAUCGUAUUCUUGGGGUCAUGUACCGUAAUAUCAACGAGCAGGAGUUCCUUAAUGCCGUUCGAAAUGCCAGCAAGUUAAGGCGAGAUGACAACACGCUGCUUAAUGCUAUUUGGGACUAUGUGGCAAGCGAAACGGAAGGCUUUCAAUGGGAUCACCUUGUCGAGGAUGGUAGGAAAGUGAAAGAUAUCUAUGAGGAUAAGCUCCGAGAAAUCAUGCAGCAGUAUUCGAAGACGCCGUGGAAGAGCUCCCUGACGGAAGUCGAAGUUGUCAUGGGAUCCAUUCUCGGACAAAAUAGCAAGCAGAGUAGACGUGAUAAAGAGGCAUCUCAAUCAAUGCGGGAAGAAUACCAAGAGUUAGUUAAUUUUACCAUCUCUAUGCUAACCGAUAGGGACUCCGGCGGCGACGACUCCCUUGAGCGCUCAAUUGCCUGUUUUUGGCACGCAUUACAUGGGAAGUAUAGUGGAUCGAGGAGCCAAAAAAAGGUGGCGUUGCUGAGUUUUCCAUGGAUCGCCGCCAUGGUGUGUUUGCAAGAAGUCGAUAGGUUCCAGAGAGCAACAGUGCCCUUCUAAGGCUCCAGUAUCGGCAUAUUUAGGAGCCUUUUAAUGGUUGAUUUGUAAUGGAGAUAUGUUUAUGGUCACAAUAAUGGGCAACUAGUUAAAGGGUUUCAUACUGGGGAGUAUCACUGUAUGCUAUUUGUGUAAUACGGACUGUACUCCGUAAUUUUGAGGUGCCAACAAUGACGGAAGGUAUGAUUAAUACUGCG